AUGUUUGCUAAGCGAUCAGCGAAAAAACGAACAGAGGAAAACGAAUCGCAUGGCGCUACGUCCAAUCAACCAUUUCAACAAACUGAACCAAUUCAUGUAGCUACUAAUAUAUAUGAGAAUAUCGUAGCUUCUGCACCUUUUCUGUACCAUAUAAUACAAGAAUGUCCAGUUUUCUGUUGUUAUUUAACACACCCGGAUCAACCACCUCAACCUUCAGCUCGUAUUAGUGUUCCCCGGCACCAUUUGCAGCAACAAGCUUUGCCAGCGCAACAUACAUCGGUAUCUGCUGUCUGUCUUUGUCCAGUAGCUUCACAUGUUCCGUUUCAGUUGCCUGUUAUAGCAGACGACCAUUCUUUUAUCCACGCGCAGUUCUCCCGCAUUAUUUUAUUCCAUCUGAAAUAUUCCUGUAUAAAUGAACAAAUAUUUACAAAUUUGCAAGUUACGAGACAGCCAAAUGUCAACAAAUCUCAUGGGAAACGUAAUGCCAAAUAUAAGACUAUUCUAUGCAAUAAAUUUGCCAAAAAUGGAAAUUGUCCAUAUGGUAAUGAAUGCCACUUCAUUCAUGAAAUUUCUGAAGAUAAACGUACUUCUGAAAAAGGAAAUUCUGAUAAUUCAAAAGAAAUAGAAAAUAUUGAUAGUUCUAUUAUUCAAGUAAAAGAUGGUUUGCAAUGCUCAAAAAGUAUUGCAUUGCCAGAAGAAACGCGAAAUGACGCACGUAAAUCGUAUAGCUUUGGUGAUGUUGCACGAUUGGAUAAAACGCGAAAUGACGCGCGUGAAUCGUAUAGCCUUCGUGAUAUUGCACGAUUAUAUGGAGCGCGAAAUGAAGCGCGUGAAUCGUAUAGCCUUCGUGAUGUUGCACGAUUAUAUGGAGCGCGAAAUAACACGCGUGAGUCGUAUAGCUUUGGUGAUGUUGCACGAUUGGAUAAAACGCGAAAUAACGCGCGUGAAUCGUAUAGCUUUGGUGAUGUUGCACGAUUGGAUAAAACGCGAAAUAACGCGCGUGAAUCGUAUAGCUUUCGUGAUAUUGCGCGAUUAUAUGGAACGCGAUAUGACGCGCGUGAAUCCUAUAGCUUUGGUGAUGUUGCACGAUUGGAUAAAACGCGAAAUGACGCGAAUGAUACAAAUUAA